AUGAGGGGGCAUUCGCAGGGCCUUGCGUUAGCAUUGCUGGCUACGGGUGCUGCUGCUCAAUUCCUACCAGGCCCAGCUGAUCUGAUCACCAAAGAGGGAUAUGCUGGAAUCAAUGUGAGAUAUAAGGAAGUCCCAACUGGGAUCUGUGAGUUAGACCCCAAUGUCAAGAGCUAUUCGGGAUAUGCAGAUGUAGCCGAGAACCAACACAUAUUCUGGUGGUUCUUUGAAGCCCGAAACCAAGAUCCCACAGACGCGCCAUUAACAGUGUGGAUCAAUGGAGGCCCUGGAUCCUCAUCCAUGAUCGGCCUUUUCCAGGAACUGGGACCCUGCGGAGUCGGUCCGGAUAUGAAACCCUUCAACAACCCGUACUCGUGGACAAAUGCAAGCAACAUGCUAUUUAUCGACGAGCCGACUAUGGUGGGAUUCUCAUAUUCAAUUCCGAUCCCUGGCUACCAAGAUGACAGCGGUUACAUCAUUCAAUUGCCGAACAAUACAUGUCCUGACUACGCCGAGAACUUCGGAACCUGCGGAACAUAUUCGAAGCCUGAUCUUGCUUUGACCGCAAACAGUACACAAGGAGCAGCGCCGAAUAUGUGGAAGACGCUUCAAGGAUUCAUGGGCGCAUUUCCUCAGUAUUCGCGGGCUGGCUUUAGUUUUACGACUGAGAGUUAUGGUGGACACUAUGGGCCUGUUUUCAAUGAGUAUUUCGUCGAGCAAAACAAGAAGAACCUCCCAGGUGCUCACAAGAUUGAUCUCGAAAAUGUGCUCAUUGGAAACGGCUGGUUCGAUCCGCUAGUGCAAUACCAAGCGUAUUAUAACUACUCUGUAUAUCCAGGCAACACUUAUGACUACGAUCCGUAUAACGACACCGUCAAGGCAGAAUGGUACAACAAUCUCUACGGAGCAGGCAACUGCGUCGAUAUGACGAAGCAGUGUUACUCUGAUGGUCGGAAUUCCAUUUGCUCUCGCGCCGAUGACUUCUGUUACAACAAGGUGGAAUAUCUCUACGAUCUCUACUCGGGGCGAGAUGAAUACGAUAUGCGGUAUCUGAUACCAGAUCCAUUUCCAUACUCGUACUAUGUCGAGUACCUGAAUACUCCCGAGGUACAAGCGGCAAUUGGAGCGUAUCAGAAUUUCUCUGAGUCCUCGUCGACGGUUAGCAAUUCUUUCGGUAAUACAGGUGACGAUGACCGCGAGUCCGGUACUAUUGAAGCUGUUAGGAAGCUCUUGAAAGCAGGCGUACAAGUCAUGCUAUACUACGGCGACGCCGACUUCAACUGCAACUGGCUUGGUGGCCAAGUCAUCGCAGACAUGGUCUCUGCGCCUGGCUAUUCCACCGCGGGAUUCGUCAACAUCACAACCUCCGACGACAUCGUGCACGGCCAAGUCCGACAAAGCGGUCUCUUCUCCUUCCUCCGCAUCUACGAAUCUGGUCACGAAGUCCCGUUCUACCAACCUCUCGCCGCGUUAGAAAUCUUUGAGCGCGCUUUGAAGCAGGUGGAUAUUGCGACGGGGAAGCAGAAGAUAUGCGACGAUAAGGGAUAUAAGACGAAGGGGACUCCAGUGAGUGAGUUUAGAGAGGGGAAUGGAACCAUGCAGAUGGAGGUCACGCCGAAGAAUGCAACGUACAAUACGGCCUUGAAUGCGCCGGAUCCGACGCCGACGUGGACUGCUGGGCAGAAGGUUAAGAGGGGGCCAAACAAGAGGGAGUUGAGGAAGCCGGGGAGGCCGAGGAAAAUUUGGGGUGGGAAAAGGCCUGCGUGAGUGAUUGCUUUGAG